AUGGUGGAUAAUGUGCAGAGAAAUGCUAUUUUUGCUGAUGUUUUCGGGAUAGAAAGGCAAGGGCUUGGCAUGGGUAUGGGAGACCCGAUGUCUGUUCCUGAUCGCGUGGAGGAUAUACAGGGGCUUGAUUCUGUACUCAGAGAGUCUCUGGCGCCUCUUGGGAGUGCACCCAUUGUGAAUAAGCGUGCUGGUGCCACAUACAUGAUCAUGUCUCAGGAGGCACGGAUAAAAGACGUGCCGGACACACAGAGCUUGUCUAGCGCGGACAACACGCCGAUCAGCAGCCCUCAGAGACCGCUCAUUCAUAGCGCAACAUCUCCCAUUCCGAUGGCGUACAAGUCGCACCAUGUGCCGACACAUAUGGGACCGGUUCCCUCCCUGAAUAAUGCGAACAUGUCCACAGGUAUGGGGACUCACCAUACGUCGGGAACUGCUGUAUCUACAGCUGGAGAGGAGGCAGCCAUUGGUCAAAAGGCUGGGUUUGGGAUAACACCAGCUAUGCAUCAUGCUAAGUCGUCUCCACAUUUAAAUCACCAGAAACACCAGUUUGGAAGUAAACACCAGGAGAAGCUGCGGGCGGCAAAUAGUAACAAUAGCACAGGGAAUAGUGCAGUACAGAAUAGAGAAAGAGAAGCAAGGAAGAAACCUUCUUUGCCGCAAUUGGCCCUAGCAGGGUUGAAAAAACAGGCUAGUUUCUCUAACAUAUCGAACAAGAAUGGCUCUACCACGACGCCAACGAGUGCCCAGAAAUCGCCUUUGCAAGCAUUCCAUUUGUUCACUAGAUCUACCUCUAGAGAUUUGAGCAACGACAAUAGCCAUGGCGUAUCAAACUCGGCCAUGGAAAACAGCAGAAACAAUAGCAACUCUAAUGUUCAUAACGAGAAUGGUGCUUCCAGAUCUCUGUCAAUAAACUCAUCGACGUUUAAGAAUAUUGCAAAUUCAUUUCAAAAUAGAAAAACAAGUGCUGGGUCAAAUCCUGGAGGCACAUAUCAUUCCGGUGCCAAUAUUGCUCAGCGUAAUGAUUCUAUGCAUUCAAAUUACUCCAUGCAAAACAGUCUGGAUUCACAUAGUACCAUUGGUUUAGGAUUGAAAACUAGAGUUUCUUCCAGCUCCUUAUCCUCGAAGAGAUAUCAUUCUGCGUCCUCUACUUCUUUACAUUCUCAUUAUCAUCAUGGUGCACAUUAUAACAAUGGCAGUGCUACCACAUUAACUAACAGUGGAUCGAUGAGUGGCAGAAGAAAUAGCAGCAUCGCUUCACCUCAAUCAAGGCCAAUAUUAAGCGCAUCGACAAAGAGACCACAAGUUUAUCCAGCAUUGCUAUCACGUGUUGCUGCUAAAUUCAGGCAGACAAUCCAACUUGGUGAAUACAAGAAAGAUGGUCUUUUGUAUAGAGAUGCAUUUACUGGUCAACAGGCUGUUGAUGUCAUUUGUGCAUUAGUGAGAACAUCGGAUCGUAAUUUGGCGUUACUCUUGGGUAGAUCCUUAGAUGCCCAAAAGCUAUUCCACGAUGUCGUUUAUGAACAUAGACUGAGAGACUCACCUUAUGAAGUCUAUGAAUUUACAGAUAAUUCGAGAUACUUAGGCAAACCCGCUCCUACAACUUCAAGUUCAACAACUAAUAAUAGCAUGGUAGGGAUAUCUCAUUCGACCACUAGAACAACACUACCUUAUUCAAUCUCUGAAGUUGCUUCAUCUAAGUCAACUACGUCACUGAAUAGUAGUUAUAUGGAGCACUCCACGAUACAGGCCUCAUCGAGACCUCACGCUGUUCCGUCUGCUACUAAUAGCAUUAAUGGUGUGUUCACUUUAUUAGCAGAGUGUUAUUCUCCAACAUGUACAAGAAACGCCCUUUGUUAUUCCAUAUCUUGUCCUAGAAGACUAGAACAACAAGCUCGUCUAAAUAUAAAGCCUAACGGGGGUUUGAAAAGGAAUAUUUCAAUGGCACUGGAUGACGAUGAAGAAGAAAAACCAUCAUGGACUAGUUCAGUAUCGAAGGAGUUAUGGGAAAACCUGCCAAAGAAGGAGAUCAAAAGACAAGAAGCAAUUUAUGAAGUUUAUAUCUCUGAAAAGAAAUUUGUGAAGUCAUUAGAAGUGACAAGAGACACUUUCAUGAAAACUUUAUCUGAAACAAAUAUUAUUCCAGCAGAUAUAAGAAAAAACUUUGUUAAACAUGUCUUUGCCCAUAUUAAUGAUAUAUAUUCCGUUAACAGAAGGUUUUUGGAAGCCUUACAGGAUAGACAAAAAAGUUCUCCGGUAGUUAAAGGCAUUGGUGACAUACUUUUAAGAUUCAUACCAUUUUUUGAGCCCUUCGUUCAGUAUGUUGCGUCAAGACCUUACGCGAAGUAUUUGAUAGAAACGCAAAGAUCCGUUAAUCCGUAUUUUGCCAGAUUUGAUGAUGAUAUGAUGAACUCGUCAUUGAGACAUGGUAUAGAUUCGUUCCUUUCUCAAGGUGUUUCGAGACCUGGUCGUUAUAUGCUUCUAGUGCGUGAGAUACUAAAAUCAACAGAAUCUGAGAAUAACAAGGAUGACUAUGAAAAUUUAUCUAGAGCAAUGGAUGCAUUGAAGAACUUUAUGAAAAGAAUUGAUAAGGCAAGUGGUGCAGCUCAAGAUAGACAUGAUGUGAAGCUUUUGAAACAAAAGAUAUUAUUCAAAAAUGAGUAUGUUAACUUAGGAUUGAAUAGUGAAAAACGUAAGAUAAAACACGAAGGUGCUUUAUCUAGAAAAGAACUAAGUAAGUCUGAUGGUACUGCUGGUGAUACUCAAUUUUAUUUAUUAGAUAACAUGCUAUUAUUUUUGAAGGCUAAGGCGGUCAAUAAAUGGCAUCAGCAUAAAGUAUUCCAGCGUCCUAUCCCAUUACCACUUCUGUUUGUAUGUCCCUCUGAAGAUAUGCCAUCUUUGCGUCGUUACAUUGGUGAUAAUCCAGGUUGUUCCGGUACUGUAAUUCAACCAGAGAAUAACGUCAGCAACCCUAAGAAUGCGUUGACGUUCCUAUAUUAUGGUGCAAAGCAGAGAUAUCAGGUAACUUUGUAUGCAGCACAAUAUGCAGGACUACAGACUUUAUUAGAUAAGAUUAAAACUGAGCAACAAAGAAUCAUUGAUGAGACUGAUAUGAUUAACAUCACUAAAAUCAGUGAUAGGUUCUUUGAUUACAUGAACAAAAUUAAUAGUGUAUCGACGUGCGAUGGUGGUCGUAAGUUAUUGAUUGCAACUAACUUAGGUCUCUACAUGAGUAAUAUAAAAAGACAGCAAGAUAAGGACACGCAAAAGACUUUUACUUAUUUCUCCACUCCUGUACAAUUGGUGCAAAGAAGUAAUAUCACCCAAGUUGCUGUUUUGGAAGAGUUCAAGUCUAUUCUGUUGUUGAUCGAUAAAAAGUUGUACAGUUGCCCAUUAUCGCUGAUUGAAAAUGAGGUUAAUGGUACUACGUACUUUAAAAAACAUAGCAAAGAGCUGAUAAAUCAUGUCAAUUUCUUCUCAGAAGGUGACUGUAAUGGUAAGAGAUUAAUUGUUACAGCACAUAGUUCAUCACAUUCUAUUAAAUUUUUUGAGCAUGAGCAUCCACUACUAAGUGAGGAUGGUGGUCAUAGCAAGAAGAGUCUGAAAAAGAAGAUUACUGAGGUAACAUUUGAUUCAGAACCUGUGUCUAUAUCUUUUUUGAAAGCCAAUCUAUGUAUUGGUUGUAAGAAAGGGUUCCAAAUUGUAUCUAUCUCACAGAAUGCGCAUGAAUCGUUGUUGGAUCCAGCAGACACAUCUCUUGAGUUUGCUUUGAAGGAUACUUUGAAGCCAAUGGCCAUCUACAGAGUAGGUACGAUGUUCCUGUUAUGUUACACAGAGUUUGCAUUUUUCGUUAAUACACAAGGCUGGAGGAAGAAAGAGUCGCAUAUUAUACAUUGGGAAGGUGAUCCACAAAAGUUUGCUAUUUGGUACCCUUACAUUUUGGCAUUUGACAGCAAUUUCAUAGAAAUCAGGAAAAUUGAAACUGGUGAACUUGUGCGUUGUAUACUGGGAGAAAAAAUUAGAUUGUUACAGACAAACACUCAAGAAAUUCUGUAUGCAUACGAAGAUUCACGCGGUUACGAUACCGUUGCAUCCCUAGACUUCUGGGGCUAG